AUGCGUCUCCCCGGCGUCAUGUCCCGUAUGGACCAGCUCGGCCCACCGCGACGGCCUCCACAUGGUCUUCGGACCAAGGUGGCUGUCAGCGGUGCAGGGGAGUGCCGGAGUGAGGCGUACAACGCUGCGUGUUACAUGUGUAUCACGACCACCUUCUUGCCUGGUGCUCCUCUCGCUCUUCCUCAAAGCAGCCACAAGCCAGCCGAUACCCAUCAGCGCCAAACCGACCACAAAUACUCCUUGGGCUCCACUGCGUUGUCCCAGAAGGGCAAAAUACCUAAAUACAUUAGCUGGGACCACGGAUACACGGAUACCAAUCGCCGACAUGACGUUCCUGUUUACUUCAUUCACCGAGAACGCUUCGUAACAACUCGCAGAUGGGCUAUACACUCGCUGCGGCGACUUGCCGGUCUCGUUGCCGACCCCGGUGGCGCGGGUGGCCGUGAGCUCGAAGGAGACCAGGCUCUUGUGGAUUCGGAUUCUGGUUCUGGUUCUCAUGGCCCCCAAGAACUCUAG